GCAGAACCCUUGAGUUUGAUCAUGUUUGAUCACAAAGCGUUGACGAAAGAGAAGUUCGUAGAGAUUAUUGGUCAGAGAGAAAACACCAAGGACGUGAAAUUGGUCCAAAUUGAUUUAGAAUCCGGUGCUGAGAAAGGGCAAAACUAUUCGGGACAAGUGGUGUCAUGUCAUUUAGAAGCUCAAGUCAAUGGCAAAUCCAAGACUUAUAAAUGGAUGGCCAAAGUCCCGUUGGAUGAUCCCGACAAAUAUGAUUUCCUUCGCAUGUUAUUCAUGGAACAAAAGGAAUUGGGAUUUUAUCAAGAACUCCUCCCAGCAUUGCAUGAUUUGAUUGCCAAAAGGGGGGCAAAGAUCGACUUGAAAUUCUGUCCCUUUGUUUAUGGCGAAUUCAAGCAAAACAUUCCAAGGGGAGAUUGUGUUCAUGGCUCAAUGAUCAUGAUGGAACAUCUUGGACCCAUGGGGUUUACCGAACCAAAGGCCAAGAGAUCUGGACUUGAUUUGGACCACGUGAAACUGGUAAUGAAAUCUUUGGGCGAAUUCCAUGGGGCCUCGCAUGUUUAUUACAAAUAUAAACAUGAUGGCCUUGACCAAAUUGUGGAAAAGGAACCUAUACAAGCAAAAGAUUAUAUGAGUGAUCCUAAAAUGGCGGCUAUCAUGGAACCAUUCUCUGCCGGAAUGAUCCAAAGCUUUUACAAUGCCUUAUCGAGUUCUGGGCCUAAGGGAGACAAAUAUUUGGAGUCCUACAGACAGUUUUCAAAUGAAAAAAUCGACCCUUGUAAGCUGCGGGACCAAUUGACUCGUCCAGACGUAUGUCGCUUCAAUGUCCUUUGUCAUGGAGACCCGUGGUUCAACAACAUCCUCUUUAAAUACGACGGGAACAAGCCCAGUGAUGUUUGUUUUGUUGACCUGGCACUCACAAAAUGGGCCUCGCCUACAAUUGAUUUGUCAUACUUUCUUUUCCUUUCGACCACGCCUGACCUUCGGAAAGCUCACAUGAGUGACAUCCUGAAAUGUUACCACGAUUCGUUGACUUUGACUCUCAAAAGCUUGGACGACAAUCCAACCCCUUUUAGUUUAACUGAAUUGAUCGAGGACUAUCGGAAAUGUUCAUUCUUCGGAUUCAUGAUGGCCAUGUUGAUGUUGCCCAUGAUUCUUGCCAAUAAGGCGGAUGUGUUGGGUUCAGAGGAAUUUACCGGCGAUUUCAGUGAUCCCAAAGUCAUUGAAGAAAUGAACAAGUUGUCCAUUGAACGCGCUAAGAUCACCAUGGCCAAAGACCCACUUAUUGGUCAUCGAAUUUCGUGCUCCUUUUUAGAGAUGGUUGACUAUGGGUACUUCACUUUGUAACUUGACGUCUGACAUCUGCAAACAUGAAAGCGAAGAAGUAUCGUUAAUGCGA